AUGUCGUCUAAAAGAAAACAAAAGUUAAAAACCUGGAGAGGUCUUGCAAAGUGUCUCCAGAUAGCCGGUGCAGGUACUGUUCGACGCACAAACGCUUCCUUCGCAAGUGACGUUCUGCGCUUCAUUCACCGGAAUGGUUACCUCAUCGUGCCACCAUCAAAUCCUCCAACACCUCAACAAAUAAUUGUACCGCCUUUAUCAAAGACUCCUGGAAAGAACAGGAGAGACCUCCGCUCCUCCAUUAAGCAGCGUAGUUCCGAUAGAUGUCCAUUCAACAUGACAGUUGUUGAUUUUGUUAACACCGUUCCGAGGUUUCUGAGCAAAGCCACUUGUGAUGGUUGUGAUGCACGCUGUAAGCCCGUGAUGUACACUCAUCAGGUAUUAUUUAAAAAAUGCAGUGACUACUGGAUGUGGACGGAAAAGACACUGGAAGUCGCCUUUGUCUUGUAGAUGGAGGACUAACUGUUGGCUUUUUAACCAAUUCUCAGUUUGUUAUUUGAUACAUUAUUCACGACAUUUUGUUUUUAUUUGGUAAUAAACAAAAGUUUGUAAUCAAAAGUCUGUGGCGUAGAAAAGAUCUUUGUUUAUCGUGAUAACUGUAUUCGCAGUUUAGUAAGCUAUGUUUCAAUUAGGUUCCAUUUCAGAGAAGAAGAAAAUCUGUUCGGUGACACCAUGAUCAUGUAAUUAUCUCUGCCUGUCUUGAUUUCUGUGCAGGAACCUUCUUGCCAACUACUCCUCGUGUAUUUUCUAUAAUUUCUAGUUCAUUUAUCGACCAUAUUUUGGGACGAAUUUACAGUGAGAAAAGGUGUGCAUCAUUUUGAAUUUAGCGCAAUCAAUCAAUAUCGAGGUGGCUGUACUUGUAGCAAAACUUUUACUUUUAUCUACCUCUUUGAAGUUUUAAUGAGGAAGCUUACUUCAAACUUUAAUUUAAGGAGAAAGCAGUUUUAAGAUACAUUAAAACAGAACAUUCUUCAAAUGUUGUGUUCCUCUCGUUAUCUAACAAUCUCUAAACUCGACGUACUUUCUUUGGAAUUCUCUCAUUUAUCUUGACUUAAAAUCUGCCGACCUAUUCUUUCUAACUUUCAUAUUUCCAAAUUUGCUUUAGUUUAGUCCGAUUUUUAUUUGGAAUAGCAUAAGACAAUUCUGAAAAGACUCAUCUUGAAAAUAGUAAAAAUUGGGAAAGACAAAAAAUUUAGGAGAAAUGAUAAGCAUCGUUGAUUUAAUUCGCUUCGCACAUAUUACCUAAUUUUCGUAUUUCCAAUUUUGCUUUUAUUAGUUUAGUCCGAUUUCUAUUGAGAAUGGCGAAAGGAAAUUCUGA